UGUUUGACCAUUAGAUUCACUUAAGUCCGAACUGUAUGAUUCAAAUGAUCCGACUCCAAAUCAACUCUUUAGGACUACCAACCGAACCGACUCAACAGGAUUAAUCAAAAUGGCGAACAUGGACGCAUUGGCCAAAACAAUCGAAAAGGAUUACACGUAUAAUGUGGAGAGCUCUGACAGUGUGGAUGAAAAUGAAUAUGCACGUGGUCCAGAUGGAGCUGGAAAAGCAGAGAACUCGGACUUUGCCACAGUGGAAAGACACAAGAGAAGAAAACACAAACAUCGAAGUAAACACAGAAAACAUAAACAUCCAUCACCAGAUGACAGGGAUCACAAACACAAGCACAAACAUAAGCGAAAACACAGAGACUCAUUCAGGAACGAUAGAGACUUUUCCACAAGCUACGAUAGUGGAAUCAUCUCUCCAAAGAGAUCCAGACUCGAUGAUCUGGCCGCUUUAGAGGAUCUAGAGAAACAAAGGGCUAUGAUUCAAGCAGAACUUGAUAAUGAAUUGAUGGAAGGUGCUGUGCAAUCCGGUAUGGGAUUGAUUUUGCAGGGUUAUAACUCGGACUCAGAUAAUGAGAUCAAGGACUCUGUGCAGAACUGUGAGCAGGAUCUCAAUGAGCAUGUCAUUUCCAAGGAACGUGGAGACCAUCAGAUAACAAGGGAUCCCGUAAGAUCUCGACAAGAUCUCUCAGAUGAACCUAAAGUUGUUUUCUGGCGAGAAGAUAGAACAACGUCUGGUGAGAUGGCAGUCCAGGAUCAAAAGUCUGAAAAACAAACUGGGUUAGAUAUUUGGGGUCCCAGCCAAUCGAGGGAGAGAAGACGAUCCCGGAGCAUCGAGAGAUCCAAAGAUGGAGGUCAAAGGAGAAGGUCAUCAAAGCCGGACACAGAGAUGGAGCGAAAAACAACCAAUGCUAAAAGACUCCCUUCGCCAUCCACUGCACAGCAAAAUGUUGAACACCAAAACCCCAAAUCCUCAGAGAGGAGGAGCAAAUCAAGAUCUAAAGAAAGAAACACAAACUCGGCAGAAGUUGACACUGAGAGAGAAAAGAAACCGGUUAAAACACCCUCAAAAGAAAAUUCAUCUGGAAAAGAAAACCGAUCGCCUAGCAGAAAGCAAGUUUCAGAACAGCACAGCCCCGGGGUGCAUGCAAAGGGCCGCCGUUCCCCUGAACAAAGCACAGACAGAGCAUCCAGACAAGACAGAUCUUCAUAUCCCAACAGAUCCCCUUCCAGGAGAGGUCGAUCUCGAUCGGCAGAAAGGAAACGGAGAGAAGCUGACCGUCCAAGACUUUCCAAUGACAGAAUGCGAUCUCGUGAUGAGGCAGGAGGCCGAAGAGAGGAAAGCCCAUCUCUGAGCUCCAGGCGGAGAUUAAACCAUUCGCCUCUCAGACGUAGGUCCCGUUCUCCCAGGAGACGCACCAGCAGGUCUCCUAUCAGACACAGAUCCAGGGAGUGGGACAGGGCGGAUCACAGACAGCAGUUACGUUCUGGAUCACAAGAACGGAGGAGGAGACGUAACAAGGAAAGAGAAGACAUGUUUAAGGGAAGUCUGUCUGAAGGCAUGAAGGCCGAGCAGGAAGACUCGGAUGAUGAAGUACUGGAAGACUAUGAUAUUGAUGAAGAGGAUGAGGAGGCUUUGAUAGAGCAAAGGAGACUUCAGCGAUUGGCUAUUGUGCAGAAAUAUAAGUCGGUGAAUGAAGACAGUAAUAUGUCAGGGCUCUCAGAGCAUGGCAGUCCUCAGAGUAGCAGACAGAGCCGAUCUCCUUCCCCGGAUGACAUCCUCGAGCGCGUGGCUGCUGAUGUUAAAGCCUACGAGCAAGAGAACCUGGACACGUUUGAGGACAAUAUGAAGGCCAAGCAUAACCUUCUCUCUCAAGAAAAGGAUGGUGCUAAUCUGAAAAAGCCACAAGCCCCUGAUAUGUUCACGGAGUCGGAUGACAUGUUCACCGCGCACUUUGACAGUGCCAGGUUACGGUCAGCAGGCGUUGGCAAGGACUUUAAGGAGAACCCAAGUCUCAAAGAUAACUGGACGGAUGCAGAGGGCUAUUACCGUGUGAACAUUGGCGAGGUGUUGGACAAGCGGUACGGAGUAUACGGCUACACAGGACAAGGUGUCUUCAGCAACGUGAUCCGAGCCAGAGACUUGGCCCGAGCCAAUCAGGAAGUUGCAGUAAAAAUAAUACGAAACAAUGAGAUGAUGCAAAAAACGGGCCUUAAAGAGCUGGAGUUUCUCAGGAAACUGAAUGAUGCAGAUGCAGAUGAUAAGUUUCAUUGUUUGAGGCUCUAUAGACACUUUUACCACAAGCAACAUCUGUGUCUGGUGUUCGAACCUCUCAGCAUGAACCUGCGGGAGGUGUUAAGGAAGUACGGCAAGGACGUGGGACUUCACAUCAAGGCCGUGCGCUCUUACAGCCAGCAGCUUUUCUUGGCCCUCAAACUCCUGAAGCGAUGCAACAUACUGCAUGCUGACAUCAAACCCGACAACAUCCUGGUGAACGAGUCCAAGACCAUUCUGAAACUAUGUGACUUUGGCUCAGCAUCACACGUUGCUGAUAAUGACAUAACACCGUAUCUGGUCAGCCGCUUUUACAGGGCACCUGAGAUCAUCAUCGGAAAGUCAUACGAUUAUGGAAUUGAUAUGUGGUCUGUGGGCUGCACUCUCUACGAGCUAUACACAGGAAAAAUCCUUUUCCCCGGAAAGACCAAUAAUCACAUGCUAAAGCUUGCCAUGGACCUAAAAGGGAAAUUGCCUAAUAAAAUGAUCAGGAAAGGUAUGUGCAAGGACCAGCACUUUGACCAAAACUUGAACUUUUUGUACACAGAGGUUGAUAAGGUCACUGAGAGGGAAAAGGUCACAGUCAUGAGCACCAUUAACCCCACUAAGGACCUGCUGAAGGACAUGGUGGGUCGCCAGGCACUGCCAGAGGACCAACGAAAGAAGGUCAUUCAGCUCAAAGAGCUGUUGGACCAGAUCCUAAUGCUGGACCCGGCCAAGCGGAUCACCAUCAACCAGGCAUUACAGCACUCAUUCAUCCAAGAGAGGAUAUUGUAAACAUACGUCAGAGGGACUGCCAGCACGUGAUGGUUUAUAUCUGUUAUGUAUCAUCAGAUAUCAUGAGUUACUGUAUGACUCGGUCAACAAAAGACACCUGAAUGUUUUACCGGCUGUAGUUGCGUUUGAUAAAAUUUGUAGUAUUUUUCAGAAAAGGACACUCUUUAAGUUUUAAUUUAUUUUAUAGAUAUACCCUACGAGAUACCAUAAAAGCUGUAAACAGAAAAUAUAUUCUAUAUUGUUCAGAUUGCAUGCAAAUACACACUUGCAGGGAACAGCAGUUAAAAUGUUAAUUACCUUUAAUAUUACGGUGAAGGUUCAGAAUGUAAGCGUGCUAGGUUUCAUAUUCUAGUCACUGUCGACCAAAUGUCACCAAGGACUUGUACAGUUGAGAGUAUUAGGCCAGCAUAAAUGCUGUCUAUAUCCACCCUCCCUCAGGUGUGAGAAGGUAACCUGGCGCGCAGGUCCACGUCAUACCCUUGCCACAGGUGUGUUUCUGCUGAACCUGAGGUCUUGGGUCCUGCUUGACCUGGUCUGCAGGGAAAAGCUCCUCUGUAAAGGCAGGUUGUGCAUCUUUAUGAGUACACUGAAGGUAAGCUUACCCCUCCGAACCAAUCGGCUUAAAUUUACAUAAAGGUCAUUGGAUAAAUUGACAUGCAUUGAAACUCUUUGUCACCCUGUGUGCAGAGACAAAUCAGACUCCCUUGGGCAAACCGGUUAUGGUUGACAUUAAGGGUAAGGGUGAAGGAAAAUCCAAAUAUUGGUCAAGCACCUUCAGUGUACUGCAUCUGCUAGACAUACUACUCCUUUUUUUUUUAACAUUGUGUUUUCAAACGUAGGCGUCAUAGUUGGGGUUUUUUGUAAUGCCUAUUGAGUGAACAUGCAUGAGAAUAUGUAAUAUGUAUGGCUUUCCAAUGCACUACUGUACAAACCCUGCGGUGUUACGCUUUACAAAAUAGGUAACUUGGAUGUUUUUUGUAAUUGUUCUUAUGUUUGUGAUCAUGUUGUCUUUUGAUACAGGGGUUGUCCUGCUCCGAUCUAUGAAUCUGCUUGUUUUAAGCGGUAAUUUGCUUCUUUACUUCAUAAUUUUGUUUCAUAUUUCAAAAACAUACACGACAGAGCUUAUGCUGGAAGAAUUGCCUGUUUUGCAAUGUCCGUCCUAUACAAUAAAAUAUACAAUAAAGAUGUUCUGUGGUGGAAAACAAGGAGAUAUCCAGAAAAUCUGAUUUUAGACCUUUUCACAAGUUGUGUGUUUUUUAUACAUUAUAUGCAAGUUAUUCGUAAUGAUACUGCGUCUUAUGACGGGUGACUUUAUCAACACUAACUGCUGUUUGUGCUGUUUUUCCCAUUGUUCUUUGUGUUCGAGUAUAAUCUCUGGCCAAUGGAGACACAGCCUCCUGCCUGCCUCCGCUUUCAAAGGAACAAGACAUCUUCAAGGCUCUUUAUCCAGGUCACUCCUAAAGGCAUGUUUAGCUCUAACACAAAGCUGAUGCUCUGAUUUAAAAGAUAACAGCCAGAUAGCUAAGUAGUUAUGUUUGAUAUAGUUUUUAUGAUUUGGUUUGCUAGUUUUAGUCCAGUUUGUCUGGUCAGAUUUCACACACAAACUCUCUGUACAUCUUCAUAAAAACCACACAUCGUUGAUUUUGUCCUUUGGAAUGACCCACAUAGGUUUAUUGCGGGAAAGCUGUGUUUUCAACACAAAAAUUUCCCCAGAAUGUUUGAAGAAAGUGCUGUACCAAGAUACUGGUGUAUUUAUUCUCUGUAUUUUAGGUGCUGUCCAUUAGAGAAGAUUCUUUAAGGAAAUCCCAUCCAGAAAAAGGGUAAGUCUUAACAUUUCCCCUGACUGCCUUGAGCACACGUGACACCAAGUGUGAGAGAUAUCGUGACUGCCGGCUGUCCUAUUAUAUUAUUGAAGUGCCUUCCAAGUAUUCAUCUCCUCAUCCACUUUUGACUAAAAAAAUUCACAACACCCGUGCACAGCAUAACAAUGUGUUUAUUUUGUGUGAAAUGUAAAUUCAGUAAGACAGCCAAUACUGUUCGUAUAGCAGAAUCACAUCAAAAUAUAUAAUAAAUAAUGGCUUGCAAAAUUGUCUUUUUCUUUUAAAUAAAUUGAUGAUACAAACUGUGAAA